CCCAAGCCCACCAUACCCUCUAACCUGUCCCGCAUCAGUUGGUAUCAGAGCAAAGGAUCCUACAACUUUACUGUUGAGUUUUUUUUCUCAAUCAUGGUGACAGAUGCUAAGUUGAAUGCUAGAGUUACAGUUUUAGAAAGAGAUUGGGAAGAGAUCAAAUCUGCGUUUAAGCAGUGGGUUGAACGCAUGGAUUCAGUAGAAGAGACACUGACUAAGAAACUAGAUUCCAAGAUAGAAGAGAUGAUGACCCAGAAACUAAAUACUGUCCAAGCAGCAGCAAGAGAUGAGGGAGGACAGAAGGGAAUACAAGAUACAGCUGGUGAUAUUACUAAGAAAAGCAAGAUUGAAGUCCCUGAUUUUGGAGGGAAAGUCAAUCCUAUUGUGUUUUCUGAUUGGAUCAAUUCUAUGGAGGAAUAUUUCAACUGGUAUGACAUGGGAGAUCUUCGAAGAGUUAGAUCCACAGUCAAGUUGUGGAAGAUGCCUCACAAACUGCCUGGUCUAAGAGCUGAUAUCAAAAACGAAUUACUUAGACAGCCUAUUUACGGUGUUGAAGAUGUAUUCCAAGCAGCACUUAAUGCAAAAGAAUAUAUAAACAACCAGAAUAGUAAGAAAAAUCAGCUCCAAAUAGGGGAGGUAGUAGCAACAGAGGCUUUACAGGUUUCAAACAACUACAAUGGGCCAAAUAAUACUUCCCAGAAAGAAAGAGAAAAGGGUUUCACAUCCAACAAAAAUGGUAAUGAAAGUGUAACUUGCUUCAAGUGUGGGCAAGAUGGACAUAUGGCCUAUCAAUGUCAAAGAAGAAACAAUCUGCAUAUGGGAAACGCACAAGAUGAUGAAAAACAGCAAGUUGAAGAUACUAAAGAAAAUUCCUAUGAUUUUGGAGUUUAUAUGGCUGAUGAUCUUGAAGAUGAUGAAGAUAAUUUCCAUUUAUCUUUUGUUAGGUGCGUUUUAACAGCCCCUAAGCCUAUGAGCUCACUUCAGAUUAAGAGCUAUGAAGAAAAGAGUUCAUCACAACCUAUAUGUACUGUUGAAGGUAAAAGGAAAUCUCUCAAUAUUUUAGACAAGAGAAGAGCUAGAGUUACUACCACUGAACUACCUUGCAGCCACAAGAUCGCUACUUCAGCACUUCAAAACUCAAGGUCGAGUUUUCUCAAACAAGGGGAGAAUGAUGAGGAACAAGAAGAAGCUAUUCAAUAGUUAUUUAGAUUAUUUAGAAUUCUUAAGUAAUUAUUUUUAUUCAAGUGUAGUUAUCAUUUGUUUUCCUACUUUUAAUAGGAUUAGAUCUUUUAUCAAGAGUCUUAAGUCCUAGUUAAAUUAGAAAUUUUAAAUUUCAAGUUAUAGACUAACUAGAAUAGGAGUUCUAGUAGGAGUCUUAGUAGUUUCUAUAUAAAUAUGCAUGUAGUUUCUUUCAUUAGACAGUUAAUAAUAUUCAGAAUUUUCC